CCUCUCAGCUCCCCCUCCGCACACAUGUCGCAGUCCAACGAUCCAGGCCAUUUCUUCCAGACGGACGCAUGGCACGCGGAGACCGCGCGCCGGGCCGCAAAAUCUAAGAACGACAAGGGAAACCCCGUCAAGCUGCCCUCCAAAAUCCUCGCCGUCACCGCAGACCCGUAUGACCGCGCGCUCGUUUACGUCGCAGAAGCGGCGGGAACCGUGAAGCGAAUAAGUCCUGAAGCUGAAGAGAAGAAAGUCAUCGCAACGUACACGGGGCCCGAAGCGCCGCUCACAUCGCUCGCUAUCUCGCACAAGUCGGGCAAGCUGUUUGCAGGGUGCUGGGAUAAGACAAUCUGGAGCUGGGACGCGAAGAGCAGAAGGCCUGGGCAGCGGUUUCGGGGACAUGCCGACUUCGUGAAGACCGUCCUCGUGUUGACACUACAAGGAAAGGAGCUGCUGCUAUCUGGCUCGCAAGAUGCGACUAUUAUCGUCUGGGACGCUGUGACCGGCCAGCGGCUGUACACGCUGAAGGGGCAUACCCGGGGUAUCCUCGCGCUUGCGCUUGACCCGCUGGAAUACGAUCCUGCGAAGGAAGAGGCGAUUGUGUUUAGUGCAGGCAGCGAUCGCGAGAUCAGAAGAUGGAAGGUUGGUAUCACUGUGGGGAAGGAGAUAAAGGAAGAGCCGUGUCCGAUUCUCGCACACGAGACCAGUGUCGACCUCAUACACUUCGACUCGGACGGUGAUCUGUGGACCGCAUCCGCGGAUAAGACUGCGAAGUGUCUUUCCCGUGCGCGCAAUUGGGACGAGGACUCGGUCUUCGAGCACCCGGACUACACGCGCGAUGUGGUGGUUGAUGAAGAGGGUGGGUGGGUCGUGACCGCGUGCCGAGAUGAGAAUGUUCGCGUCUUUGAGAAGGGCAGUGGCAAGCUACAUCACGUCUUCGAAGGGCAUUUUGAGGAGGUGACUGCGUUGGUGCUGUUGGAGGGGCAAAAGGUCAUCAGUGUGAGCAUUGAUGGGAGUGUGAGGACAUGGAGCUUGAAAGCGCAGGAUCUGGCGAAGGCAAUCAAGGAGGCGGAGGACGAGAAGGAGGGCAAGGUGGAAGAGAAGGUCGAGGAGAAGAAAGAGGGGCUUAUGACGUUGGAGGAGGAAGAGGAGCUUGCGGCGUUGCUGGAGGACAGCGACUGAUAUCUAGAUUGGCGUAUCCAGAGUCAUAUCCCGCUCACAUUACGCG